AUGAACUACGUCCAGCUUGAAAAGCUCGGCGAAGGCACCUACGCCACCGUUUACAAGGGGCGCUCCCGCCUCAACAACGAGAUUGUCGCGCUCAAGGAGAUCCACCUAGAUGCCGAGGAGGGCACCCCCUCGACCGCCAUCCGCGAAAUCUCGCUCAUGAAGGAGCUCCGCCACACCAACAUCGUUCGCCUCUACGACGUCAUCCACACCGAGUCCAAGCUCAUGCUCGUCUUCGAGUUCAUGGCGCAGGACCUCAAAAAGUACAUGGACAUCCACGGCAAGCGCGGCGCGCUCGACCCCACCACCGUACGCAGCUUCAUGUUCCAGCUGCUCAAGGGCACCGCCUUUUGCCACGAGAACCGCGUCCUCCACCGCGACCUCAAGCCCCAGAACCUCCUCAUCAACAAGCGCGGCGAGCUCAAACUCGCAGACUUUGGCCUCGCACGCGCCUUCGGCAUACCCGUCAACACUUUCAGCAACGAGGUCGUCACGCUCUGGUACCGCGCCCCCGACGUCCUCAUGGGCAGCCGCACCUACUCGACCAGCAUCGACAUCUGGAGCGCCGGCUGCAUCAUGGCAGAGAUGAUCACCGGCGUGCCCCUCUUCCGCGGUCGCGACAACAACGACCAGCUCACCCAGAUCCUCAAGGUGCUCGGCACCCCCGACGACGCUACCAUGAAGCGGCUGGUCAACGACUCGCCCGAGAUCCAGAUCCGACCCUUCCCUCGCCUGUUCAAAGUUCCCUUCCAGCAGAUGUUCCCGACGGCGCACCCGCUGGCCAUCGACCUUCUGGAGAAGCUGCUCAAGUUUGACCCCACGCAGCGCAUCAGCGCCGACGAGGCGCUCCGACAUCCUUACUUCACCACGUCGGCCGCCGUGGCUCCCCAGCCGCAUGCUGGCACCGGAUCGUCGCUCAACAUGGGCAACGGCGGAUCGGCGGCGCUGCAGGCGCAGCAGCAGCAGCAGCAGCGCGCCGCGGUCCAGGCGCAACAGGCGGCGCAGCAGCAGGCGGCUGCCGUGGCUCACCAGCAGGCGCUGGCCGCACAACAGCAGCAGCAGCAGGGCGUCUACAUGCAGACUGGUCCGUCUGCAUAG